AUGAAAUUUUUUUAUUCAUUAAUUCUAAUUUUAUUAACAUUUAAUUAUAUUAACGCAAAUUGCGAUUGUAUACCAAUUGGGGAACCAUGUGAAAAAAAUGGUGAAAGUUGUCAAAAUUUUGGAUAUUGUGGAACACCAGGGACUGAAACUUCUAACAACCAAUCCAUUUGUGUCAAUAGAGUAAAUGUUGGGGAACCAUGCUUUGUAAAUGAUAGUUGUUAUAUCGGCUUAUACUGUUAUAAAAAAAAUUCAAAUGACACUAAAGGAGUUUGUUCCGAAAUAAAAUAUGCUUUAAAUGGGGAGAAAUGUGCAAAAGAUAUCGAUUGUAUGUCAGAGUUGUCAUCUUGUGUAAAUAAUAAAUGUACUCUUCGUAAAAAUGUAAAUGGUUGUGAAGAUGAUAUGGAUUGCGAAUUGGCUUCACAAAUUUGUGUUAAUAAGAUUUGCCAAUUACCAGCUAAAUUAGGAUCAGCUUGUACAAAAAGAGGAGAUACCUGCAAUAGACUUGAAGGUUUCUGUGCAUCCCCUGAUGGAGGUAAUGAUGGUAUUUGUAAAAAGCAUUUCUCUCUUCAAGAAGGUGAAUAUUGCUAUUUUGAUUAUGAUUAUAAGGAAUAUCAAUGUGAUAGCUCAAAGAACUUAUAUUGUAACAAUAUAAAUAAGAAAUGUCAAGUUUAUAGUUACAUUAAACCAAAUAUUGAAUCAUGUGAUGGUUUAUAUCAAUGCAAUGCCCAUCUUAAUGGUACAACUGCUGAAUCCAUUUGUGCAUGUGGUAAAUGUUACGAAAUUCAACUUGUUAGUUCAUAUGAUCGUAAAGUUAUUACCGAUUUAUUUACAUGUGCCUUAACUAAUGAAUGUAGUUUCAGUAUUCCAUUUACUUCUAAAGGCUGUUUGGCAACCAAAUGUUUCAAAGAAUAUUGUGCUUACUAUCUCAUACGUUCCAAGUUUGAUAGUUGUGGUGGACUAGCAGCGCAUUUAUCACAUUUAAAAUGUGAUGUUAAUAACUCAUUUAAAUUAUUACCAUCUCUUUCAUUUUUAAUUUUACUUUUUAUUUAUUUAUUAUUUUAA